AUAUUAUUUAUUUUAAGUAUUAUCAUCUUUAAUGCAUUAUAUUCUCUUUCAACUGUAUAAUGUUAAUCACACUCGGUUGACCUCAUGCAAUGCCAGAUAAACUUAAAACUUUAAGCAUAUAGUGAAAUUUGCACCCAAAGCAUUUCUCAAAAAUUUAAUUAGUACAUUUAGAAGACCCCAACCGUGCGCUUCGUUAGCAUCGUUCUAAAUUUUUUUACAAUUAAUAUAUAUAAUUUUUUUAUUAAUAAAAUUUCAUUUUAUAAAAAUAACCGAUUUGCCAUGAGUUUAAUAGGUAAAAACGUUGUUUAUGUCGGUGGAUUUGGAGGCAUUGGUUUCGCAUGCUGCGCGGAGUUCUUAAAACGGGGAAUUAAUACACUUAUUAUAUUAGAUGUCAACGAAAAUUCUCCAAAGCUGCAACAACUAAACAAACUAAGUCCAAACGCUAGUGUGGAAUUUAUGCCACUUAAUCUACUCAACGGCAGAGUGACUAUAGAACGUAUAUUGAAGACUGUAGUACAUAAAAUUAGAUAUAUCGAUAUUCUAAUUAAUGGUAGCGGUAUAGUAAAUGAUCGCAAACCUCAAUUAUGCGUGGACAUAAACCUGACGGGUUUAAUUGAAACUACACUGGUUGCAGUGCCAAUAAUGAGUAAAAGUGAAAGUGGUCGAGGAGGCUUAAUAGUGAAUGUAGCUUCAGUUUUAGGAUUAGAACCCGGUCCAUUUGCUGCUGUCUAUUCAGCUACUAAACAUGGAGUGGUUGGUUUUACGAGAUCACUUGCGGAUCCACAUUACAAUAACAUAACAGGAAUUUCAUAUAUUGCGAUUUGUCCUGGUGCCACCGUUACUGGUCUGUUAGACACAUUUGUAGGCGUUGAUACGUUUGAGAUGUCAAAGCCCAUAAGUGAAAGAAUUAUUAAAGCAAAAAAUCAGACUGCUGAAGAGUGUGCAGAAGCAAUGAUGCAAGCUAUUGAAAAGGCAGAAAAUGGUAGCGUGUGGAUCUGUGAUUUAGGCAAAUGUGAAAAAGUGGAAAUGCAUAAAUACUGGUCAUAUAUUUUGGAUUAAAACAAAAUAUCAUAUAUCUUUUAAACUUAUGUGAUUGAAAUUGGAUUUCUCUAAAAAAGUAAAAUAAAAUAAAAUUACUUUAAACCAA